CGCCUGCGCGCUCUGCAUAGCAACACUCCGGGACAGCAGAGGAGACGAGGGGAUUGUCUGUCCGCAUUAGGGGGAACGAAAACAGAUCACCCCGAGCAGAGUUGCCCGAAUCAUGGGGAGUGUGUUCCUGCCGGCGGACGCGGCCCACUCCGUGCUGCGGCGGCUGCGCAGGGCCAACUCUCUGCUGGAGGAGAUGAAGCAGGGCAGCAUCCAAAGGGAAUGUCGGGAGGAAAUCUGCACUUAUGAGGAGGCCCGGGAGGCUUUUGAGAAUGACGAGAAGACGAGGCGGUUCUGGGAGGAGUACGUGAAGGAGAGCAGUCCGUCUGGAGGUCUGGAGUCGGUGGUGGGUGGAGUCCACUCUCUCUACCUGAUUGUGCCAUUGCUGCUUGUCGUUGUGAUCAUCGCUGUUGUCGCCAUCACCGUGUGGCGCUGCCACUCCCGCAAACGCUCACAGCGCAGCCCAAGCCUCGGACACUCGCAUCAUGAUCACGUCCUCUCUGUGGUCUCUAUGGACCACUGGGGGAGGGGUUACCACCACGGUGACCAAUCAGAACUGAGCGUCCACAGCAGCCCAGCAUACCCGGGCUCCGAGCUCACGUCAGGAAGGGGAAGUGCUGGAGACCCGCCGCCAUCUUAUGAGGAGGCUGUGGGCCACGCAGAUGUCCAGAUAGAGACAGAGCCCCCACCUCAGUACGAGGACAUAGUCAACACCAGCACCACCAGUGUCAGCGGAGGACAUGGGAAGUAAAGACACCACAACAGAAGCUCCUACACACACGAAGAACAUGUCAUGUAGCAGAGGUGCUGCUGUGGCAUCACCAGCGUUCCCCACUACACACACACACACACACACACACACACACACACACACACACACAC